AGGAGAGAGGCGCUUUAAACCUGCUGAGCUGGUCGCUCGACGUCUCUUAUUCCGAGUAGCAUUUGCUGCAGAUUUACUUCGGCUCGCGCGUAAUGUCAGUGUGUCCUCGACAUGAGUCCGCUCUGAUUUAACCGAGGGGGGGGGCGGGACUUGGCAAAGCAAGAGUCAGCUGCGGAAAAGCUGCCGAGUAAGUGCGUGCAGUUGGAACAUCGGUAGAAAUUGCGAGGCGUGACUCGCACUCGGGGCCAUGGAGUCACAGGCGGACCUGCGGAGAAGCCCGAGCGCUGCAGCGGGCAGAAGAGCCUGAUCCACGGAGGAGAUCCACUUCUUCUCACGCACUAAGAUCUGCAGAGAGAGAGAGUAAUGCGAGAGGAGCCCUCGCCGGCCCCAGUGACGUGCUCCCGAAGUGUCCUUCCCUCCUGCUCCUCCUCGGUGACGGCGGAGGAGGAGAGAUGGCCCGAUGAGGAGAAGAAGCCGGGAGACCUGAGAGCUCGGCACACGUUCGCGAUGAUGAUGAUGGCCGACGAGCAGCCCCGGGGCUCCAGCGUCCUCAGCUGGGAGCAAGUGCAGCGCCUGGACUCCAUCCUGACCGAGAGCAUCCCCAUCCACGGCCGGGGUAACUUCCCCACGCUGCAGAUGAAGCCCCGGCAGAUCGUGAGGAUCGUGCGCAGCCGCAUGGAGGAGAAGCGGAUCCGGGUGCGAGAGGUGCGGCUGAACGGCUCGGCGGCGAGCCACGUGCUGCACGAGGACAGCGGACUGGGCUACAAGGACCUGGACCUGAUCUUUUGCGCGGAGCUCGAGGGCGAGAGGGAUUUCCAGACGGUCAAGGACAUCGUGCUGGACUGUCUGCUGGACUUCCUGCCCGAAGGAGUGAACAAGGAGAAGAUCACAGCGCUGACCCUGAAGGAGGCCUACGUGCAGAAGAUGGUGAAGGUGUGCAACGACUCGGAUCGCUGGAGCCUCAUCUCGUUGUCCAACAACAGGGGCAAGAAUGUGGAGCUCAAGUUCGUGGACUCGCUGCGGCGGCAGUUUGAGUUCAGCGUCGACUCCUUCCAGAUCCAGCUGGACUCGCUGUUGCUCUUCCACGAGUGCUCCGCAUAUGCCAUGUCGGAGACGCUACACCCCACCGUGGUGGGUGAGAGCAUGUACGGAGACUUUAACGCCGCGCUCGAGCACCUGCGCCACAAGGUCAUCUGCACGCGCAGCCCGGAGGAAAUCCGCGGCGGAGGCCUACUGAAGUACUGCCACCUGCUGGUGCGAGGCUUCCGGCCCACCUCGGCAUCCGAGAUGAAGUCCCUGCAGCGCUACAUGUGCUCCCGCUUCUUCAUCGACUUCCCCGAUAUCGGCGAGCAGCAGCGUAAGCUUGAGUCCUACUUGCAGAACCACUUUGUGGGCCAUGAGGAGCGCAAGUAUGACUACCUGAUGACGCUGCAUGGCGUGGUGAAUGAGAGCACCGUGUGCCUCAUGGGACACGAGCGGCGCCAGACGCUCAGCCUCAUCGCCAUGUUGGCCUUGCAAGUGCUGGCGGAGCAGAACGUCAUUCCCAACGUGGCCAAUGUGACCUGCUACUACCAGCCGGCUCCCUACGUGGCUGAUGGAAACUUUGCCAACUACUAUGUUGCUCGGGUACAACCCAUCUUCCCGUGCCACAGGCACACUUACUCCACCUGGCUGCCAUGCAACUGAGCCAAAAAACCCCAACUUUUACCAUUGAGAGAUUCUGCAUAUGUCAUGUGCAUUCUGGGGAUGCAUGUGGUUCUCUGCUUCAUUUUGAAUUAACAAACAUGUUUGCCCUUAAUGCUCCAUGCAAAUGGUUGAGUAGUUGACCACUCUGCAGUCGCCUUUGACCACCUUGAUGAGCCACAUCAGGAUCUCAGCUGGACUGCUGUUUAGGCCGGCUUGUGUUGCGUGAUGCUGUCGUGAUAAACUCUUGGAUGAGUUGCAACACGUUCGUGUUGCUUCGUUGAGUUGGUUCAGCUGUUGUUGCAAAGCCAUCCCUCCCUCAGGUGAAGGCACCGUAUGAGCCCCUGACAGAGGCCAUAGUUGCUCAACACUCACUCUGCUGGGGUGGAAGGUGUGGUUCUGUUAUUUCACCAGCAAAAGAAAGAGAAUUAAAAUAUUACAUGUGCAUGAC